CAUUACGGUAAAACAUGGGCGCUGCAUCCAUGAGCUGCCAGUGAAGCUUGUUAGGAUAACUCUGUAUUUCUCUGGUCUGUGUUACACCAGCAAUCACAAUGAUAACUCCUGCGUUUGACCUGAGCCAAGAUCCAGAGUACCUGAUCCUCUGCAUCCGAGUUCCCUACACCAGAACAUCAGAGUUUGACUUGUUCAUUGAUGGCACAGAUUUCAAGUUCUACGCCAAGCCCUACUUUCUCAGAUUAUCUCUUCCUGGGCGAGUAGUGGAGGAUGGGAGAGAAAAGGCCAAAUUUGACAUUGAUAAAGGUCUGUUCACUGUCUGGGUCCCUAAGGAAACGACUGGAGAACACUUUGAAGGACUUCAGAUGCUGACCAGCCUCCUCGCUCCGAAAGGCGCCCGCUCAGCAAAACCACUGAUAGAGGACGUGAGCACAGGAUGCAGUGAAGGCGCUGGAGAUGCUGAUGAGGAUGAAGAUGAGGAAGAGUUUGACUGGCAGGUGGAGCAGGAGGAGUACAAGGAGAGCUCUGAGGAGGAGCUGGGGGCGCUGCAGAAAUAUGGCUUCGGCAAUCAGAGGUCUGGAGUGUUUGCACGAUUACAGGAGGAACUGACCGACGUGAUUGAUGUAAAGAACCCAGAAGGAGCGACGGCAGCAGAGAGGAGGCGCGGCCGGCUGGAAGUUGAGGCGUCUGAUUUUUCUCCUGACCAUUACCUGGCUGAUUUGUUUGAGGAUGAGGAGAUAAAAAGGCUGCUGAAGUUUAGUCCAUGGUGGGCAAAGCUGAGUCCUACAGAGCAGGAGGAGGAGGCUGCUGUAUCAUUCACCGACGGCGAGAAGGAGCAGCUGAGGAAAUUCACAAACCGUUCCUACCUGCUGGACAAGGCGUCCCGUAACCAAGUGUGGCUGAGCCUCGUGGACAUCCUGCUGACAUAUUCCUAUGAAGUGCGCUCUACAGAGGGAGAGCACAACGUAGAGUCACCGUGGACGAUCAGAAAACUCAGCGGGACUCUCUGCUGGCUGGAGACGUACAGCUCCCUGCAGGACGUCCUGGUGUCCUUUGGACGGAGGGUGCUGUGCUACCCGCUCUACAGACACUUUUCCAUGGUGUCUGCGGCCGUUCGGGACACGACUAAGAUUUUGCAGUCAGGGAAAGCCGGUGUCCUCAAAUGCCUGCUGGAUAUUCACAAAGUGUUCCGAGAGAACGACCCGGCCUACAUCCUGAACGAUCUGUACCUCACAGACUACUGCACUUGGAUCCAGAGGGUCAAGUCCAAGAAGAUGUCAGCGUUGGCCGCGACGUUGCAGAAAGCUUCCCUGCAGAAGAAAGACUUGGAGCUGGAACUGGAGGAGCUGGAGGAGGCGGCGAAGAUGGUGGCGGAGGAAGAGUCCCACAGUGACAGCAGCAGCUCGUCCAGUGACAGCAGCAGCAGCAGUAGCAGCAGCAGCAGUAGUAGCGACUCCUCGGAUGAGAGCGAGGAAUCUGAGGGGCAAGGAGAGGGAGAAGGGGGAGGGGAGGUAUCUAAGGACAACCCUCCACAGUCCCAACACACCCCAGCUGCCUCUCCCCUCCCCCAGCAGAGCACACUUCUCUCAGCGGAGGAUAAGGUGAACGCCCUCCCCUCAGCCUCAGAAGGAUCCAGACAGCUGAUCCAGGAGCUGGGGGAACGGGUGACAGAGGAGCUGAACAUCUCCGAAGACUUCACAGCGGAGGAGAGAACGAGUUCACGGGCGAACGGCGGCGGCGCAACGAAAACAGAAGCAACAUCUGCGAGGAGCAGCAGCAGCAGCAGGAUUUUGUUAGAGCCGAGUCCUCGCAGGAACCCUCUGCUCAUCGUCCACACUCAGGAGGAUCUCACUGAGUGACUCCUCUGCAUGAGUCACCUGAGAGACUGAAGGCUUAUUGUAAGAAACGUUUUUUUAAUGAUUUCAUUUCUAUAUGAUCUUUAGAGCUCGUUUAGAGGACCUUAAUGUCUAUAAAGAAUAGUUUCCUCUGAGUUUAUGAGCUCAUUAAAGUCCUUUUUUUCAUAAUGAUUUUUUUAAUGAGCAAGUGUAUGCUUUGAGGUCUCAUUUCAUUAAAGGAUAGUAAAGGAAUUAGAGGCAGUCUUCUUUUUCUUCUGCCAUAUGUAAAUCUGCAACUAGUGAGUUAAUUGAAAGAAAAGGGCAUUUAUUUUGGUAAUAGAUUGAUCUUUCAAGUAAGUAAAGGAAGUAAAAGCUGUUUUCAGCCUCUUAAAUAUGGAGAUUUCCUGCUUUUCUGUUUUAUAUCAUAAUAAAGGGAAUAACUUUGGGUUUAGGACUGACAAAACAAGACAUUCGAAGAUCUCCUCUUGCAAUGGAGAAGCUGGGAUGGACAUUUUUCACUAUUUUCUGAUAUUCUACACAUCAAUCAAAAAAAUCAAUAAUAGCAAGUUGCAACCCUAGCCUUGAGUUAUGUAACACUCUUGCUACUGCUGCCCGAUGUCUAAGCCGCCUACAUGCUGUACAAAUGUAUUUAGUCUUGCAUACUGUGUUUUGUUUUACAUGAAUUCUAAAUGUAAUUAUGUAAACUAAUUCAACAGAGUUUGUGAACUAGACCUCUGCUACAAAUGUAAAACGUCUGCUACAAAUGUACAUUUCCAUACUCGUAUCAACAAAUGCAGUCUAUCUAUAUUUGCCUCCAAUAAACCAAACUAAUAUCA